UCAACUGCUUUAUCGAGUACACACCUUCAACAUGAAAAGUCUUUAGUCCUUAGGAUACUGGUUAUAAUUCCUAACAUGGCGGCAGAGGACACAAAAGAGAACAUGACGAUAGAGGGCGUAGACGUUGGUAAAGUGAGAAACUUUCCAUUCUCCGCGUUGAAGACUUUAGGUUCCAUACAGAUAGGUAUCGGCGGGAUAUGUAUUGGUUUAGGAAUUAUAGAUUUUUUGCUAUUUAUAUUUUUUGAAGACAAAUUUGUGCCUGACCCAAAAAUGAAGGAAAGUGAAGCUUACCAGAAGGUAGACACACUUACAAAGACCUUUUCUCCAGUCUGGUGUGGUGUAUGGUUUUGUGUUACUGGUGCUUUCGCCGCCAUUUUAUCACAGAAGAAGCUUGCGAACAUUAAUUAUUACAAAAUGACGUUCUUGAUACUAAGUAUAACAUGUGCUGCUGUUUCUGGACCUCUCUGUUUGAUUGUCAGCGUUACAUCGGCGUACUUGAGACAUCAGAUAACUCCAGAAGGCUUCCGAUGGUUAGUGCCGUUGUUGGUCAUGUUUUUUGCAUUUUGUGAAAUAAUAUUUGCUCUUAUAUCUGCGUCUGUUUGCUGCUGUUGUGCACCAUUUGAUUCAUCAAGGGUAAGAGUUCUUCUUGCAAAACAACAAGAUGACAAUUUUCAUGCCAUUGUUCAAAAAGAGAAAUCAAUAGAUUCCUUUGAUAUCUUCACCACAAGUGACAGGAGAGGAAAGCCACUUCCGCCUCGCAAUCAAGAAAUCAAACAAGAAGCUAAAGAACCAACUGUACAAAAGGUUGACCGUGUGCAACAAACAACGGCCAAAGAAGAUAAGAGGCCUCCACCAGCUCAAAAAGAGGAACGCAAACAGGAAAAACCACAAACUGAGCAUAGAACACGUGAAAGUAAACGAUCGCACGAUCGAAAGCCCGAAAGGAAAGACUCUCUUAGCAGUGAAAAUUAUAAACAUAAAGAUGACGAAGAAUUUGAUGGAUCAAGAUUUGAAGAGGACAACCCAGUAAGAACACGUGGGUAUGCCGACAGACCGUACACGAAAGGUUCCAGUUAUGAACAACUGAAAAGUUUAGUUAUACCUAAAACAGCACCAAAACAAACAUUUUAGGCUUUAUCGAAUUCAAGAUAUUGACAAGUAUUUAUUUUAAUUUAGUAAGAAUCUGUUUAAAAGUCAAUUUCUGUCUUUGAAUUUGAUAAUUUUGAUUUAAUUUAUGGACUUUAAGAAGUCAGGAAUCUGAUGUUCAGUAGUUGUCAUUUGUUGAUGUGAUUCAUACGUGUUUCUCGUUUUUUUUAUAAAGGUUAGACCAUUGGUUUUCCCGUGUGAAUGGUUUAACACAAAUAAUUUUUGGAACCCUUUUUAGCUAGUUGUUCGGUGUGAGCCAAAGCUCC